AUGUCCGUGAAUAUCGAUUGGCAGACUCUAACUGAUGGACCAGAUGGUCUGAAAUUCGCAGAGUGCAUUAGAGAUUUCGUGCAUGAAAGGUUCCAGCACAUCCCUCUACCAUCAUUGAUACGAUCCGUAAAGUGUCACCACUUCGAAUUUGGCAGUAUUGCGCCGCAGGUCACACUUAAGGAUAUAUGCGAUCCUCUUCCAGACUUCUACGAGGACGAAGACGAUGAAGGCGCAUCUUCGACCGAGCAGCAUAGGACACCUGCGGAGAAGGUCACCGAACAUUUGUCCGAACGCUCACGAGGAGCCGCAAAACCGGCUACGGUGAGCAGUCACGACCGCGCGACUAGUCCAACAUUCUCGCGUGGUACGACACCUGGCAUUUUGGGGGGCACUUCAAACCUUGGCUACUUCCAUUUGCCACUCGCAGCUGGACUUUCCGGCACCAAUACGCCACUGGCAGCAGUAGCUGGAGCACGGUUUCAGCAAGGUAUCGAUUCAGCGUCGAACAAGCAUCAAAAACAUGAGCGCCACCACGCCGAAUCAUUUAGCUCGAUCUCGCCACCACCGUCCAGCAACCCCGCCUCACGGCCCACCUCUCGUGACCAUAGCGGGUACCGUGACCGGCGGCAGUCUGCCGCGAUAGUCGACUACAGCGACGGGCAGGAGCAGCCCGAAUCCACUCGCAGCCACACUGUUGACACGGAAGACUUACAAGUCGUGUUCCACGUAACUUACGACGGGAAUAUUAAGCUUUCGCUCACCGCAGAGGUCUUCCUUGACUAUCCUAUGCCAAGUUUCGUUGGCAUACCGUUGACGCUAAACAUCACCGGGCUCACAUUUGAUGGCGUAGGUAUCCUCGCCUACAUAAAAAAACGGGCGCACUUGUGCUUUCUUGCGCCGGAAGACGCGGAAGCGCUGGUUGGCGGAGAAGCCUCUGUUGAGUCGCCGAGUGAAGAAACCGAGCCAGCGAAGCGGGUCGGUGCUCUCCUCGAAGACAUCCGAAUCGAAAGCGAAAUGGGCCAAGCCGACAGUGGCAAGCAAGUUCUGAAGAAUGUAGGCAAGAUCGAGCGAUUUGUCCUGGAACAGGUGCAGCGCAUCUUCGAGGACGAAUUUGUGUACCCAAGCUUUUGGACAUUCCUCGUCUGA